AUGCAGUCUGGGAAGAACGUAAAGGGGUCCGUGAAAGAAACGGCUGCUAAUGUAGCAGCCUCUGCUAAGUCUGGCAUGGACAAGACCAAAGCCACAGUGCGAGAAAAGGUGGAGAAGAUGACAGCUCAUGACCCGGUUGAAAAGGACAUGGCAACCCAAAAGAGGGAGGAGAGAAUGGUGGAGGCCGAGCUGAACAAGUGUGAGGCGAAGGCACACAACGCCGCGGCUAGACACGAGGCAUCCGUGGGUGGGCCCAUGGGGUACACAAUAAGUGGCACUGGGACCCACACAUACUCCACAACGGGGGCCACAGGGCAACCCACUGGGGCCCACCAAAUGUCAGCACUGCCCGGACAUGGUACCGGGCAGCCCACGGGCCAGGUGACGGAGGGAGUAGUGGAAUCGCACCCUAUCGGGAUCAACAGAGGUACGGGUCGGACCGCAGCUCAUAAUACUCGUGUGGGUGGGAAUCCACCCGGGUAUGGAACUGGUGGGACCUUCAGUUGAAAUGGAGCCUUUGACUUUGUAUUAUGGCCAUUAUUUGUGGGGUCGGGUUAGGUCAUCUUUUAAAUCCCAACCCUUUUUGGUGGGUUAAUGUGUAAUACGUGGGGUUUUUUUUGUUUGGGCAAGUCUUUUAAGGCAUAGUGGUUGAAGUUUGU